AUGGAGGACAUUUUUCGACCUUGGACCCUUGCAGGCUGUUUCAUGACGCCCGAACUCUUUCCUCCCCUCUUGUACUAUGUGCGACAUGGAACAUCCCAUACUCUGUUUGGGCCCAACGGCGACAUCCUCACCAAAAACCCAGACAAGAGUCUUAACAUCUCUUCCCGCGACGAGUUUGAAAUGUUAGUCCGCGGGCAUCUCAACUGGCAGACCAGGGGACCAAGCUUCUUCAUCUCGACCUUUUUCAACAAGAGGGAGGCGUGGCGCUGGGGUCUGGAGCGCGAGCCCAUGGCGGUCCUGUACACGAUCGAUACACGACGACUACCCGUUCCCUGGCCGGUAGUUUGCGCCGGAGUCCACACUCAGAACACGCUUGAUGCCGACUUCUUAUUUCUUUCUCAUAUACCAAACCAGGCGAUCAUCCGUAUAGACACCGUCCGCCCUCACCUCCCGCAAGGCCUGGCUCCUGGCGAUUAUUCGAACCCUCCCACACCACCCACACUUGGAUUUGUCCCUCCUCCUCCGCCCUACGUCGAGCCUACUCCUGGGCCCCAUGUUCGGUUUGCGUCCCCGCCGCAAAUCGCGUCACCACCACAGUACUCGGCACCGCAGCACUUCUCGUCACCGCCGUAUACCACACCUGGGCGGUACAUCACGCCUGUGCCGCCUGUCGAACCCCCUUCUCAGGUUCCUCCUGUUGAUGAAUCACAGGCCAGGUCUGAGUCCGGUAGCACACGUGAGCCCGAAACGGUUCCUUUGCCAGCGCCGUCUUCCACGUCACAGCCACGUACCCCGCCAUCGCAAGUCAUACCAGGUCAGAUUGUCGAGUCCCCCCCUAAGCUCUCACCUCAGCUGCAGAAGGAGACAGCUGUGUCCGAGCUGCCGGUUCCUUCGGGGACGGAACCAGCUAUUGCGUUCGAUUUGGAGCCGGGUGUUGAGCCGCAGCCAGAGCUCAUGCCAGGUCAGCUUGCUGAGUCCCCUCCUCAGCUCUCACCUCAGCUCCAGGAUGAGACGACUGUGUCCGAGCUGCCGGUCUCUUCGGGGACGGAAUCACCUAUUGCGUCCGAUCCGGAACCGGGUGCCGAACCCCAGCCAGAGCUGGGCCCCGAGGUAGACUCUGAGGUCACUGCUGCGCCUGAGCCCGAGAUACCCAACGGCGUGCCUGGGACACCCAACGGCGUGCCUGGAACAUUUGUCCAGUCUCUCCCCAUACGACUUCUCCAGUCCAAUCUUGGGACGCCUGCCGGAACCAGAUUUGGAAUCAAUUUCUUUGCAACGGAUUACGGAGAGACUCCCGAGUCGCCCCGUUCUGAGCAAGCUGUCAACUCCAACCCGGAGGCGCCUGCAACUAACGGGAUUCAUAUCAACGGCGUACCUGGAACACCCAACGGCGUAGCUGGGACACCGAAUGGCUCUCUCCCCGUACUAGUUGUCCAGUCUAAUCCUGGGACGCCUCCCGGUACCAGAUUUGGAAUCAAUUUCUUUGCGACGGAUUACUCGGAGACUCCCUCUCCCGAUUCCCCCCUUUUUGGGGAAGCUGUCAACUCCAACUCGGAGGCGUUUGUACCUCUUACUAACGGGUUUCAUAUCAAUUUCUUUGCGGAGGACUAA